GUAGCACAAAGGAUUAUGGGUACAAUUCAAGAUGGCGGAAGAAGAGAACGUUCAGUCGAACACUGUCGAAGAGCCUUUGGACUUGAUUCGUUUAAGUUUAGAUGAAAGAAUAUACAUAAAAAUGAGAAACGAUAGAGAAUUAAGGGGAAGACUACACGCUUUUGAUCAGCAUCUCAAUAUGAUAAUAAGUGAAGUAGAAGAAACGAUAACAACUGUUGAAAUCGACGAAGAGACGUUUGAAGAGCUAUUUAAAACAACAAAAAGAAAUAUCCCAAUGUUGUUUGUUAGAGGAGAUGGAGUUAUCCUAGUGUCACCACCAUUGAGAGUUGGAUUAUAAACMUUGCUGCCUGUGAUAUUAUCUAUACUCAAUGUUAACUAAGAUAUUGUAGUUGUAAAAGUUUGCUGUACAUGUAUUUUACUCAAAACAAGAAAUCAAAAGAAUGUCAAAGCCUUUAUUGUAUCUUUCACUGUAUGUACAUUGUACCUGUACAACAUAUAAAUAAACUUUUGUCUUUUUCCAUA